CAGUCCAGCCAUCCUUCAUCACCAAAAUCAAACAAAUACUAGACUUCAUCUGACUGCCAGAAUCUCUGCUUCCACUCUCCUUUCUUCUCCGCUCGAGUUUAGCUUUCACUUUGAGUUCUUGCUCAGACCACCCACAAGAUGUGUUCCUCCUUUCGCACACUGGCAGCUCUGCUGCUGCUAAGCUUCUUUAUCGCUUCCAAGGCGGAUUUCUCCAGGGAUGUGGCCAUCACAUGGGGCGACCAGCGAGCUGUGGUCACAAACAACGGCCAGCAGCUUAGCCUCUCCCUGGACAAGACCUCGGGUUCGGGGUUCCAGUCAAAACAGGAGUUCCUCUUCGGCAGGUUUGACAUGAAAAUCAAAUUGGUACCUGGAAACUCAGCCGGCACAGUCACUGCCUACUAUCUGUCUUCCCAAGGCCCCCUGCAUGACGAGAUAGACAUGGAGUUUCUGGGCAAUCUCAGUGGGCAGCCUUACACCCUCCACACCAACGUCUACGCACAGGGGAAAGGCAACAGAGAGCAACAGUUCCACCUCUGGUUCGACCCAACUGCCGAUUUCCACACCUACUCCAUUCUUUGGAACCCCCAACAGAUUAUGUUCUACGUGGAUGGAGCCCUGAUAAGAGUGUACAGGAACCACGAGAAAACGGGAGUAUCAUACCCAAGCAAGCAAGCCAUGAGGAUGUACUCGAGCCUUUGGAACGCUGAGGAUUGGGCAACGCAGGGCGGCCGAGUGAAGACGGACUGGACGAAGGCUCCCUUCACCGCCUCUUUCAGGGAUGUUGCUAUCGACGGCUGCGUCUGGACGGGGUCGAGCUCCUCGUGCAGUCCCUCGACUUCUGCCUGGAUGAACCAAGCAGCGGUCACCUCCGACCUGCAGAAGAUGGGGUGGGUGCAGAAGAACUACAUGAUCUACAACUACUGCAACGACGCACAGAGGUUUCCACAGGGUCUCCCACAGGAAUGCUCUCUCUGAGAUGCUUCGUUCCCGUGUAGGCAAAGUACCAAAAUCAAGUCGAUCACGAGUCGGAGAUUCUUUCAUUCAUUCUUUGGUAGUCCAUGCUACAUCUGCUCUUGGUGUAGGGUGUGAAAGUUGUCCAGGAUUACUUAAUCUUUGUGGUUUUCACCAUACAUAGUGUGAACUUUAUAUACCUUAAUAAUCAAUUAUGGCACAUUCCAUGAA